GAGUAGAGACUGGUACCCACUCGGCGGCAAAGAGCGGCAAACAUGGAGUCUGUAAAAUGACCAGCCAAAAUGCUGGAUUUUUGCGUCCAGAACUCGAUUAUUUUCUAAUUUAGUCAGCCUAACAUCUCACCCAGGCAUAGAAGAAGUCGAAGCUCGCGUCACUUUGUCCAUCACUGUGUUAGUCCUUGCAGAAUAUAUUCUUUUCGAACCGCAGACUUCGAAAUUCAAAAUGUCGACGCGAGAUGUUCGUAUUUUGCUUGUUGGGGAUUCUCAAGUAGGAAAGACGUCGCUUAUACUGUCACUUGUAAGCGAAGAGUUCCCAGAUGAGGUGCCUAUGAGGGCUGAAGAAAUCACCAUUCCUGCCGAUGUAACACCUGAGAAAGUGCCAACUCACAUUGUAGACUAUUGUGAGGAUGAACAGACAGAUGAUAUACUUGCAGAUGAGAUUGUGAAGGCCAAUGUUGUCUGCAUAGUCUAUGAUGUCACAGAUGAAGAGACUAUAGAGAGGAUAACAACCUUCUGGCUGCCACUGAUUCGAAGUGUCACUGAAGAUGAGGAACAUAUUAAACCUGUCGUCAUCGUUGGUAAUAAGUCUGAUCUAUCUGAUACUAGUACAAUGGAUAUUGUUCUCCCUAUAAUGAAUGACUACUCAGAAGUUGAGACUUGUGUUGAGUGCUCAGCCAAGAAUUUGAAAAAUAUCUCUGAGAUGUUCUACUAUGCCCAGAAGGCAGUGCUUCACCCGACAGCGCCAUUGUAUUCUCCUGAUACCAAACAGAUAAAGCCUUUAUGUGAGAUGGCACUUACAAGAAUAUUUAAGAUAUCAGAUGCUGAUGGGGAUGGCAUUUUGAAUGACACAGAACUUAAUAGCUUUCAGAAGAGAUGUUUUAAUUCGCCACUUCAAGGGCAAGGUCUACAAGAUGUGAAGAACGUUGUUAGAAAAAAUAUAGAAGGAGGUAUCAGAAAUGGAGGCCUUACCCUAAAAGGCUUUGUGUUUCUACACACGCUUUUUAUCCAAAGGGGCAGGCAUGAGACCACAUGGGCGGUGCUUAGAAAAUUUGGAUAUGGAGAGGAUCUACAGCUAAGGUCUGACUACCUCUGUCCAAAAGGUAUUGACGUAGGCACAGACAGUACAGUGGAGCUAUCUGAUGCUGGUUAUGAGUUUCUUAUUGAUCUGUUCAACAAAUACGACAAGGAUCAAGAUGAAGCUUUGAGUCCUGUAGAGUUAGAGGAACUGUUUGAGAUGUGUCCCACAAAUCCAUGGGGCGAUGAAGUGAUACAUGCUGCUGAGACCAACAGUAAGGGAUGGAUAACCCUACAGGGGUUUCUAGCUCAGUGGACACUGACUACCUUUUUGGACUACACUCGCACCCUGGCCUAUCUGGCUUACUUUGGCUAUGCACAUGGUGAAGUGGAGACCCAACUAUCAACAGCAAUAGCAGUCUGUCUUCCUCUACCAGUUCCUAUCACUAUCUCUGUCUCGCGACUUAUUCAGAUGAGGAAGAGGUUUCGCGUCUCUCAGAGCAUUCACAGCGGACUUGACUGGGCCGUGGCACAAUGGGUCACUAGAAGCAAAUCCAUUGAUAUCCAGAAGAAGUCGACCACUAGAUCGGUAUUCCAGUGCUAUGUCUUUGGACCACCAGGAGUGGGAAAGACAACAUUUUUACAGUCGUUUCUUGACCGAUCCCUUGAAAAUUCGGACCUCGAGCAUCUUACCACGCCGUAUGUUAUCAAUCUUGUAGAAGUACAAAGACAAGAGAAAUAUCUAGUGUUACGCGAGAUCGAGUGGGAGAAUUCAGGGCUUCUGCUACAUGAUAGGAGAUGUGACGUGGCUUGCUUCUUGUACAACUCAAAUGAUGCGGCUUCAUUUUCGCAGAUUGUACAACUCAGAGAGAAGUUACCAAAGACUCUACCGUGUUUAUUCGUCGCAACAAAGAGUGACCUAACGACAGUGAAACAGGAAUAUGAGCAACAGCCUCUGAUGUAUACGACGCUGAAUAAACUUCCACCACCACAGCCGUUCUCCAUAAAUGGACCGCCAGAGGGCAACAAAAAAAUAUAUUCCAAACUUGCGCAAAUGGCUGUGUACCCGCAUCUUUGCGGCCCUAAUGCGGACACAAUGGCUACCUUCUGGGUCAUCGCUGGAGUCGGUGCAGCUGCUGCAGCUGUUAUUGGUUUCCUUGGUUACCGAUACUUACGGAAAUCAGCUAAUGGACUUUAACCAUGGUGACAGACCAAUGUUCAAUCGAAGUCGGGUAAGAUGACGGUACAUCCCCAUAAUGCAAAGCGAUUUGCGAAGUUCAGCCAAGUGCGACAUGAACGUGGAGACUAUAACGUGCUAGAGAAACUAUAUAAAGACUUUAACGUAUUGGAAUCUAAUUUCUUAAAGGUUUUAUUUUUCUGUGAAUUUUAAGUGCGUUCGAAAGAGGAAUGAUUCUUUGAAUAAAGAAUUCGGUGAGAUUA